GCAACAUGUUCCACCAAAAAAAUCGCAUGUAGAGAAAGUUGCUUCAUAUUAAAAAAUAUUGUGACUAAGUUUGUGACAUUGACAAUUUACACUCAUGUUUGACACAUCAAAGAAAAACCAAAAAAGUAAGUAGCAGGUACAGGAAAGAAGAAAAUCAACCGCUAAGCAAUUUUACUAUUAAUUUUUACUAUUUCAAGAAUUUAUCAUCAAUUAUCUAUUAAUAAAAAUGAAUCCUUGUUCAGUCCCUACUCCCCAAAUAGAUUCUGAAGGGGAUGGACGAUGGAAUAGUAUUCACAAUAGAUUUCUCUCCGAUGCAAAAGGGAAAGAUGCAGAUGUAAUUUUUAUUGGCGAUUCUAUUUUACAAGCGUUAGAACAUACAGAAGUUUGGAAUCAAUGGUUUGCUCCUCUACACUGUCUUAAUUUUAGCAUUCACAGAGACCAGACACAGAAUGUCCUUUGGCGAAUUAAGAAUGGAGAACUUGAUCAUGUUGACCCCAAAGUGAUAGUGGUGCAUGUUGGCACAAAUAAUGUUGAAUAUACCCCUGAGCAAGUGUGUGAUGGCAUAUUAGAAAUAAUAAGAACAAUCAAGGAGAAGCAACCAAGUGCUUACAUAGUACUGCCAAGCCUACUCCCACGAGGCCAACAUCCUAACAACUUAAGAGAGAAAAAUUCAAAGAUUAACCAGCUGCUACGGGAAAAGGUUGCAAACAUGAACAAUGUUGAAUUAGUUUCUAUAGACAAGGGUUUUAUACAAAAUGAUGGCACUAUAAGCCAUCAUGACAUGCACGACUACCUCAUUCCAAGUAAUGCUGCAUGCCGCAAAGCCUUCGAACCCAUUUAUGAUCUCCUUCAGCAGAUUCUAUCUGAAGGUGAACCUGAAAAGGAUUUGACCCCCUCAGAAUAAUUUAUAUGUAUUAACUAUGGUAGCUUUUUUAUAAUGCAGCAAGCUCAUUGUGAUUAUAUAGUACUUACAGGUUAGCUUUUUUUAUUAAUAGUGGUAAGAUUCAGUGCUUAAGAUUAAGUUUAUAAACUUUUACAUUCCAAAUUAGACUAUUUUUAGUUUUGUGAUUGGCUGUGUUUUUUAUAAAACAAAUUCAUAUAAGAUAGAAAAAUCUGGACUUGCACAGGGUACUUAAACCUAAGGUACAAUUUUUAUUACAACAUUUGAGACCAUUCUUGCAAAUAUCAAUAAUGUAUUCCUAAAUCCUACUUCUAAUUUAAGUGGUUAAUUAAAUUGAAUUGUAUUAUUUUGUUUUAAUAAUAAUUUCGUUGGAAAGUGUAUUUACAAUACUAUCUAUUUCCAAGAACGUUUAUGAAGUUCAUUUAUUUUAACUUUGCAAAAAUUGUGUGGGAAUGUAUUUUUUCAAAUAUUUUUUUUAUAGGCUGAAAAAUAGUAAAAGUAUUAAAACUUCAGUUGCAAAAUUAAUUCUGCCAAAGAUUAUAAAUCUUUAACCAAAGGUGAACAAUGCAAAGUGAUAAUUACUUCUUAUAUUUAAAUGAGUGCAAUUUAAGUAUCUCAUGAAUCAAAUUGUGUAAUAUAAAAAUAAUGAAAUGAUGUACCUAUUACAAUAAUUUACUCAUGAUUAUAAGAUUUUAAUCAUUGUAUGGAUUCAUGUUAGGUAGUGUAUAAUGAAGAGCAGAACCAGUUUUGGUCUUGAGAUAUACUGAAUUUGUAUUUUUUUUUUACACCAUUCUUUAUACUGGACAUUUCUUCCCUUAAACAAAUGUAUGUUGAGUUUUGUGAAAUAUCAUUGUAGAGUAGUAGCUAGUAGCUAUUUAAGGUACUGUUAGGUACUCAUGUUGCCAAACAAUGUUGCUUGAAUCUCGAAUCGUUAUAAGUAUUUAUUUGCAUGAUAAAGCUUAAAAAUAAACAGUGCAAUUAUUUCCAUAAAAUACUUUCAUUCCUUAUUUCUCCCUAUAAGUCAUUCACUCUAGAUUAGAUUGAUUUCCAUUUUAAAACUAGUUUUUCAACAUAAUUUUAAAACUUUAUCUGUAAAAGAUAUUCUUUACAUUUUGGUAAAGAUUUACUUUUGGUUUAGGUUAUACAUAUAUUGAAUAUCUUAUGUAUAACUGCCUACUGAAAUCUAACAGAAUAUAAUAAUACAAAAAAUAACUAGAGUGUCAAACACAAAUUUGGUGUUUAAAAAAAAAUGCAAAGAACUUUUAACUAUAUUGCAUUUACUAUUAAAAUAAAUAAUACAUACACAUAAUGAAGUCCAUAACUGAAAAUAGUAGCUUCCUUUACUGAACAUUUAAUAUUUAUUCAGUAACCUUUUGUAGUAUAGCUGAAAUGGUAAAGUGGGAGUUCUGAGCUGUAAUAUUUUACUAAAAACGUUGAAAUGUUGUAUUUGUAGCUUUUGCAGAUAUGCAUCCACAAAUACUGCGGGCAGUAAUAUUUGAUUAACUAUUUUAGGUACUGUGAUACUUCUAGCCUGGAAACAAAAAAAAAUACACCUAUUUAAUCUGUAGAAGUGUUAAAUUUAGUACAACAGUACAUAUUAUAAUGAUCGCUAUUUUCUCUGUCUGUAUGUAUGCACUAAUUUGAGAAAGUGAUGGAUGGAUUUUGUUCUUGUUUGAAAUGUUGGAAAGUGGGAUUUCUGUGGAAGAUUUAUAUCUUAAUGCUACCAAUGUGAAGCAUGUCACUAGUUGAAAACAUGAAAUAAAAUGAGAAUGGGCAUAAUAUUCUU